AUGGAUUCGCAGUGGCAGGCAUAUAAGGAUCCCUUGAUGGGGCGGCCUGCGCAGUUCAAUCAUAAUGGCACCCCCCAGCAGCUGCCCUCGAAUUAUGGCCCGGGCCAGCCACAACAACAACAACAACAACAACCCCCAUCACAGCCCCCGGUUGGGUACACAUACGAGACCUUCCAAACCCCGGGUGUCGCUGCCAACUCCAAGUCUGCCUCGAUGGCGUCGUCUCCUUCGGCAACACCACGGAGUCGGGAUUAUGUCACUGAUGCGGAUACUACCAUGGAGGAUGCGGAUCCGUACAACCGGGCCAAGUACCCUGCAAGGCCCAACCAUCAUGCUCGACCUUCCUCCCAGUACUUCCCCAAUGAAGAAUCUUCUGCCGCUCGCAGAUACUCUCCUAUGAACGUCUUGUCACCGGCAAUGCCCUACAAUGCAAGUCCCGGGAAGUCUGGUAAUUCCUACGCUUUCCCACCAAACCCACACCAGUCUCGACGAUCGCCAACGCGCACGACAAAUUACUCUUCGCCUCCUCAGGCGUAUCAAUCACCUCCUUCUGCAUCGCGUGCUCCAAGACUUCCUCCUAUGCAGUCCUCCGACAUGAGUCCCGACCAGUAUCACCCCCCAUCCUCAGCCCCGCAACUCAAUUCAGCAUUUGCGCCAGAUGGAAGAAUUCCACGCCCAGGCUCUAUCUCGGGAAUCAGCCAACAACCUGGUCGAGGACCAGUCCCCAAAUUCCAAAAACUCAAGUCGGUCCAGGAACUUCAGCCGCGCAUUAACGCUCAACCUCAAUACAGACGUGCUAAUCCCGAAGGCGGUUUUAUCAGUCCACUUCAAGCGUUGACGACCCAUCUCCCGUCGACUUACCGCAUAUGUAACCCCAAUUUCAAUUACGAGUCGUCACGGAAUCCCCGACGAGUUCUUACCAAACCCAGCAAGGGCGUUAAAAAUGAUGGUUACGACAACGAGGAUAGCGACUACAUCUUAUACGUCAACGACAUCUUGGGCAGUGAAGAAGCGGGCCACAAGAAUCGCUACCUCAUCCUUGACGUUCUGGGGCAAGGAACCUUUGGGCAAGUCGUGAAAUGUCAGAAUCUGAAGACGCAGGAAGUGGUGGCUGUCAAGGUUAUUAAGAACAAAACGGCCUACUUCAACCAAAGCAUGAUGGAGGUUUCUGUUCUGGAUCUGCUCAACAGCAAAUACGACAAGAACGACGAUCAUCACCUCCUCCGAUUGAAAGAUACCUUCAUCCAUCGCCAACAUCUUUGCUUGGUAUUUGAAUUGCUGAGCGUUAACCUUUAUGAGUUGAUCAAACAAAACCAAUUCCGAGGAUUGAGCACCACUCUUGUGCGGGUGUUUGCCCAGCAACUCUUGAAUGCCCUGAGCCUCUUGAACAAGGCACACUUGAUCCACUGCGAUCUUAAACCGGAGAAUAUCUUACUAAAGAACCUCGAAAGCCCCAUAAUCAAAGUGAUUGAUUUCGGAUCGGCUUGCGACGAACGGCAAACAGUGUACACAUACAUCCAGUCUAGGUUCUAUCGUUCACCUGAGGUGUUACUCGGUUUACCAUACUCCUCCGCAAUCGAUAUGUGGUCUCUGGGGUGCAUCGUUGUUGAGCUCUUCCUUGGCUUGCCAUUAUUCCCCGGAUCCUCCGAAUACAACCAGGUGUGUCGAAUUGUGGAGAUGCUCGGUUUGCCGCCAACCUGGAUGUUGGAAAUGGGCAAACAAUCCGGUGAGUUCUUCGAGAAAACUCAGGACGAAUUUGGACGAAAGAGCUAUCGUUUGAAGAGUCUGGAGCAAUACUCGCGCGAGCGCAAUACGAAGGAACAGCCGAGCAAGAAGUACUUUCAGGCAUCAACCUUGGAGGAUAUCAUCCGCAGCUAUCCCAUGCCCCGAAAAAACAUGAAGCAAGCAGAGAUUGAAAGAGAAGUUAACAACCGUGUUGCCUUCAUCGAUUUCGUGCGCGGUCUCCUGUCAAUUAACCCUCUUGAGCGCUGGUCGCCGCAACAGGCUAAGCUGCACCCGUUCAUAACACAGCAGAAAUUCACAGGACCCUUUGUCCCUCCGAUGAAUUUGAAAUACUCCUCUCUGAAUAAGACGCUUGCUCCUGGCAUCCAACAGCAGCAGCAGGCAGAGGCUGCAAGCAAGCAGAGAGCGGCGCACGCGGUGCACGCCCAAUCCGCCGCACAGAAUGCAUACUCUAUGCAAAUCAACCCGUACCACACCCCGCCUCAUGCCCAAGCCCCUCCGCCUAUGUACAAUGGGAUGUUCACUGGCCAUCAACAAGCUGCACCUCCGCCAUACCCCACACAGCCACCAGCCUAUGGCCAUCAAAUGAACCUCAUACCAGGCCAGGUGCCCCAGGCACAAUACGCCCCAUCGCAAAGUCUCUAUGCACAGGCAACAACACGGGCCGGCCGCCAGCGCGCAUCCACGAUGGACCCUCAGGGAAUUCCGCCCACCAUUCAACGAGUUGCAAGCCAUCUCGAUCCGAAUGCGCCUAUUCGAUUGCAACCCAGCCCAGCUUACUAUCCUCCACCCGCGGAUGGGUAUGUUGACCCCAAUUCUGCCAACCAGAGACGGCGAAGCAGCCGGGCUGGCGCGACACGUAACCGGGAUUUCAUCCGCACCCUUGAAGAUGGUGUGCUAGGAGAAGGAUUCAUGGGCCAGAACCAGUGGCACUAA